AUGAAUUUACCCGGAAGUUGCAGAGUAACUGAAAAACAUCGCGCGCUGUAGUUCCUCUUUAUCGCUCCGGUGCGGCUCAAUGAGGCGCAGCUCCUUAAACCCAGACCCGCCUUGUACUGCACUGGAACUCUUAAACUACACACCUCACAGAAAUCAUGGGUUGUAAAAAAUCCAAGCUUGACGAGGGGCAGAGUGGAGGUGCGUUUGCUGUGAAGAAGCGUGAGCCUGUACAUCCUGAAAAAACGGUAUAUGUGAGAGAUCCAACCUCCCCUAAACCCCAUACUAUAAAUAAUUCUCCUCCAUCAGGACUUUUACCUGGGCAGAGAUUCCAACAAAUGGAAGAAGAGCAACAGGAAUCAGGCAAAAUCGUCGUCGCUCUGUACCCGUACGAUGCGAUCCACGCAGACGAUCUGGGAUUUAAGAAGGGGGAGAAGAUGAAGGUUCUUGAAGAGCAUGGCGAAUGGUGGAAGGCACAAUCUCUGAGCACAAGGAAAGAAGGUUUCGUCCCCUCCAAUUACGUCGCCCAGAUCGACACCAUGGAGACGGAGGAAUGGUUCUUCAAAGAAAUCACAAGAAAAGAUGCAGAGAGACAACUGCUAGCACCUGCUAACAAGCCCGGUUCCUACCUCAUCCGAGAGAGCGAGACGUCCAAAGGAAGCUACUCGCUGUCCAUCCGAGACGUGGGUCCUCAGGGUUCGGACAUUGUAAAACAUUACAAAAUCCGGGGUCUGGACAACGGCGGCUACUACAUUUCCCCCAGAAUCACAUUCCCAGAUAUUAAGAAAAUGAUCCAACAUUACCACAAGCAAUCAGACGGGCUGUGUCGUAAACUCGAGAGGCCGUGUGAAAAGCCGAAAGCACAGAAACCAUGGGAUAAAGAUGCAUGGGAGAUCUCGAAAGAGUCCAUCAAGAUGGUGAAGAAGCUCGGGGCGGGGCAGUUCGGAGAAGUGUGGAUGGCGUAUUACAACAACAGCACCAAGGUGGCGGUGAAGACGCUGAAGCCAGGCACGAUGUCCGUCGAGGCUUUCUUGGAGGAAGCGAACCUGAUGAAGACGCUUCAGCACGACCGGCUCGUUCGCCUGUACGCCGUCGUCACCAAAAUCGAGCCCAUCUACAUCAUCACCGAGUUCAUGGCUAAUGGCAGCUUGUUGGAUUUCUUGAAAAGCAGCGCCGGCAGCAGUUUACAGCUUCCCAAACUGAUCGAUUUCUCCGCUCAGAUAGCAGAAGGCAUGGCCUACAUCGAGAAGAAGAAUUACAUCCACCGAGACCUGAGAGCCGCCAACGUGCUGGUGUCUGAGAGCCUGCUGUGUAAAAUCGCAGACUUCGGCUUGGCCAGAAUCAUCGAGGACGACCAGUACACGGCCAGAGAAGGAGCAAAGUUCCCCAUCAAAUGGACUGCGCCGGAGGCUAUAAACUACGGUUCCUUCACCAUCAAGUCUGACAUGUGGUCCUUUGGGAUUCUCAUCUAUGAAAUAAUCACGUACGGGAAAAUCCCAUAUCCAGGAAUGAGCAACAGCGAGGUCAUGUCCUCUGUGCAGCGUGGCUACCGCAUGCCCCGGCCUGAGAACUGUCCCACCGAACUGUACGACAUCAUGAACACCUGCUGGAAAAAUAAACCCGAAGACCGACCCACCUUCGACUACAUGCAGAGCGUCCUGGACGACUUCUACACCGCCACUGAGGGCCAGUACCAGCAGCAGCCAUGAGCCACAUUCCUGCGCUUCGCUCGCACUCCGCCGCACCUUCAUUAUUUAUACGUCCCAAAAGAAUAGCGAUGCAAUCAGGAACAAAUCGUGUAUACAUGUAAAUAGUAAUAAUAUAUAUAUUAUUUUUUUUGCAUCUACCAGCUUGCUUACAUUUAAGCAAGAUCAAAACAGCUUCUUCAAAUUGAAGUUUUAUCUGCUUGCCUGUAAAAUGAUAAAAGAAAUUUGAUGAUU